UAGAAGGAGGUGUUGUCGGCGCAUUUACUAGACAGCAACAAAGUGCUUUGUUGCUAAGUUGUUAUUUAUUAUCACAUAAACAUGUUUUGUAAGUUUCUAAAGUAAGUGGCCUGUUGACUUCUCCGGAACUACAUUUCCCAGUAUUUUUGGUCUGGAUCGUAUUUCUUCUUGCGCAUGCGCACUAUGAGAUCGUGGAUAUUAAGUUGGCCAAAACAGCUGGUGAUAAAAUGCACAAGUUGAAAUCAUCACAGAAGGACAAGGUUCGCCAGUUUAUCUCUGUCACGCAAGCAGAGGACAGAACAGCUGUGCACUGCCUGACUCAGAAUGACUGGAAACUAGAAGUCGCCAUUGACAACUAUUUCCAGAACCCAGACUUGUACUAUAAAGAACCCAUGAAAACCUCAGUGGACCGCAAGAAGCUUGAACAGCUCUACAACAGAUACAAAGACCCCCACGAUGACAACAAGAUAGGCAUCGAUGGGAUCCAGCAGUUCUGCGAUGACUUAAAUCUGGACCCAGCCAGCAUGAGCAUACUUGUAGUGGCUUGGAAGUUCAGAGCAGCGACGCAGUGCGAGUUUAGCAGGAAGGAGUUCUUCGAUGGGAUGGUGGAGCUCGGCUGUGAUAGUCCAGAAAAACUCAAGGCCAUCCUUCCCAGGCUAGAACAAGAUCUGAAAGACAAUGGAAAGUUCAAAGAUUUCUACCAGUUUACGUUCAGCUUUGCCAAGAACCCAGGGCAGAAAGGUUUAGAACUAGAAAUGGCUGUGGCUUACUGGAAUCUAGUUCUCACAGAUCGAUUCAAGUUCUUAGAUCUAUGGAUCCGCUUCUUGCAAGAGCAUCACAAGCGCUCAAUUCCUAAAGACACUUGGAACCUCCUCCUGGACUUUGGCAACAUGAUUGCGGAUGAUAUGUCUAACUAUGAUGAAGAAGGUGCCUGGCCUGUGCUCAUCGAUGACUUUGUGGAGUUUGCUCGGCCAAUUGUAGCAGGAAAUAAACGCAACAUGACGUAAUAUUUGCCGCAGCUUCACCAAAUGGAGGAUGCCGUUUUCUUUCUUCCAUUUUUUUCCUAUUUAUUAAUGAGAUUAUGAUACAAGGUAGCCUAAAGAAACAGCUGCUAAGUAGGUUGGCCUGCAGAGUUUCAAUAAUUAUUCUGCUGCUAAGAGGCCUUUGAAGAGGAAAAGAAAAACGGUGGGGAAAAAACACCACCAAAAGAAGAGGGAAGUGUUUUGUUUUUACUUUCUGCUGUCGUGGAGAGAUGCUGGAAAUGUUUCAUGAAACUGAUGAGUAAACCGAUACUCAUCCCUUAAACUUGCAAUGGUGGUAGGUUUGAACUGCCACUGUGGACUCAUUUAAAAGCACGCUCAGCAAAGCAGGCAGCCGGACUAAAAUGGACUUUUAUGCUCCUGCGGGUGUGAAUGAAACAUUGCGAUAAGGUUUGGCUGUUCUGUCAGUUAGUAUGAAGCUGUUUGAUGUAGUCGAGGUUAUCAAAAUUUGAGAAUAUGUGUUUGCGUUUGUCGCUGUAUGUCGUACGAGUGCGUUGGGUGGAGGUAAAAUAUGUUGCCUUCUGCACAAAAGCUGUUUUUUUGGUUUGAGAUGUCAUAUAGUCAACAUUCACCUUCACCAAGUGAGAGUGAAAAUGUUCAGAUACACAAUUUACAUCCAGUCCGAUGACUGGACAAAGCAUCACAUUUUCUGAUCUCAGCACCAGCAUAAAGGUUGCUAUAAUGAUUAAAAUCCAGCUCUCAUCAAAAUGAGAAUCUAGAUGGUCAAAAAUGUAUAUUUGACAUUGCUUGCACAAGACAGGUAAUGGCAUUUAGAAUCUAAUUGUUCACACUAAGCUUUUUCCAUUUUCCAUUGGGAAAAUGGAAAAAGCUUUGCAUAAUUUAUUGCUGGCGUUGCAGUGCCUAAGAGCUUGAAUUUCAACCUGUAUGUGGACUGUUUUCAGUUACCCAGGUGAAGCCUUGUCACCUCUUCAAACUGCACUGAUAUACACUUUUACAAGUACAGAGCUAUUCAGUUUACAUUACAGUAAGUUCAACUUUUUUUAAAAUGUGGUUCGCACACCCAAGAGUGUUUUAAAUGUACGUUUACACUGAGGUUUGCGCUGCCUCAUAAUCAAAAGGUCAUUGAGCUGUUGGGCUGCCAUCUAGUGGUGGUUGAGGAUUGUAGCACUUUUAAUUGUGCUACAGGCAAAUUCUACAUAAGACUAGUUUUUUUUGUUGUUUUUUUUGUUUAUAGCAGUUAGAGCAACACUGCAUUAUCAUAUUUACUGAUGCAUAUGCUGAAUGCAGCGUUACAGGAUGCAGAGCUCAGGGACCAGCUAUCUCUCUCAGCACUGUGUGUCAUCCUGUUUUUAUAUCAGAGCUCAUCCAGUUCCAUGUUUUACAGGUUACUGCUGUCACCAUAACAUAACCUUUGCCAUACUUUGUCAAUAAGGAUUAUGCAUUAUUUUAUAGCAGAGCAGCUAUGCACUGUAAAAUAGUUACGUAUUAGGUUAAGUUCAAAAUAGUUUGAGUGAAAUUAUAGAUACUAGUCCAAAUAAUUGAGUUUAUUCCACAUUAAAUCCAAAUCAAGUGCCAUAUUUCUCAUCACAUCAGCUGAGCAAGAGUUGAUCCAGUGAAACAUUGUUUUAAAAAAACAAAUGUAACUUAUUUAGACCAGUCAGAAAUAUGAAACUGAAGAUAUAAAAACAUCUGUUCGCAAUCAGUACAAUACGUAUGUAUUUUAUGAUACACAUGUAUUGUGCUCAUGUGGUGGUCCAUUGGUACGUUGUCUUUGUCAAAUGUGUCACUGUUCCUGAUGCACAAUGUUCAUUUAAACAGUGUUAUUUUGGCUGUGAAAGAAAGCAGCUCUUAAUGGAUCAAAAGCAUUUCUAAGUUGCAUUGGUAUUAAUAAAAAAAUGUCAAUAUAG